ACCACCCCCACCCCCACCCCCACCCCCCAUACCAAGCAGUAUGUCUUCGUCGACGAGUACAACCGCCACAAGCGCCUGAAGGUGAUGCGCGCCUGCGAUGGUUGUCGCAAACGUAAAAUCCGCUGCGAUGGAGCGCUGCAGAACGGUCCGUGGCCAUGUGGCGCCUGCGUCCGACUCAAGCUCAAGUGCAUCCCGCCCACGCUGGACCACGACAGCGACCAGCAGCAGUCCGCCGACGCUGCUGCAGCCCAGCAGACAUUCUCAUUUCAAAACACCCCCUUUUCUGUGGCCACUCCGCUAGACACGACCAAAUCAGGCCCCCACGCCAAUGCCGCUUCGUCGCAGCCACACAUGCAGACUCCUGGAGCACAUUCCAUAGGCCCGAACUAUCCUCGAGAGGACUACUUUCCCGGCGCUCCUCCUCCGCCUGCUCACUAUCAACAAGCUCCGCACCAGUCGACUUUCGUGCGCUCGCAGACCGAAGAUUCGCGCAGCUCGAGCGGUGAUCCGCAAGAUAUCGAGGCAGGAGUGCGCGAGCUUUCUGAGCACAUGGGAGACCUCAAAAUUGACAUCACCUCAGCAGCACCUUAUAUUACUAAGAAACAUCUGGCAUCAGAUGCUCCAGCAGUCGAAGAGGCAGAAGUCAUCCUCCCUGCCUCCGUCAUGACGGAUUCCAUGGUGCGCAUUCCUCCGGAAAUGAUGCCCUCAGAUGACCGAGCGAUGGUCUACUUCGGCUACUACUUUGAUCAUAUUCAUCCCUACUGCGCUGUGCUGAAUCGAGCCCAAUUCUACGAACAAUGGCGCACCAACAGAAAAAGCAUUUCGCCGCUCCUGCUUGAGGCUAUAUUUGCUUGUGUCGCGAGGUAUCUCGAAGAUCCCAUUGAAUCGCGAAAGUGGCUGGCUCUUGCUGCGAGACACGAAGAGAGCUUCAAAGACGUCCCACGACUCGACACCAUACAGGCAUUGGUAAUUCUGAUGAAAGCGCGAGAAAGCAUCGCCAAGCGAGGUUAUUACUAUCGUUCAUGGAUGACUGUCAGAUACAUGGUGACGAUGGCCAUUGAUCUUGACUUGCAUGAACAUCACGAUCAACACGCGAGCGGAAAUGGAUGUUCUUUGCCCAAGACUGAAUGCAUGUUGAGGACACGAAUAUGGCAGACGCUAUUCAUGCACGAAAUCCUGGUGGGUGCUCCGCUGGGCAGGAGUGACUUCCAGGUGGACAUUGGAUCGGUAACCUACGACUUACCCCUACCUUCUAACGAAGUCAACGCUUUUGAGCACAUGUCUUCCAGGCGGACCACCAUCUUUGCGCAGGCCGUAAGGAACAUCAAGGAAUCGAACAACAUUUGGCAAGACAGGAAACGACACAACAAGGAUUGGGCCCUCGAUCCGGACUUUGUGCGGCAUAACGAAGACCUGCCGCAAUGGCUGAAGACCAUUCCGAGUGAUUUCCAGCUUCAAUAUCCAGAAGAUGGAAGCCCUCCUUGGCUGGGAGGCGACCACUAUGUGGCUAAUAUCCAUGUCUACCACCAUCUCGUGAUCAUCAUGCACCAUCGACCACAACUGCAAGCACGACUUGAGAAGGGCGAUAUGGGCUGGAAAGACCUGCUGGACAUUUGUCUUUCGAGCGCGUCCCAGAUGUGUCGCGUGCAAGAGGCCUUGUAUCGCGAUUUUGGCUUCCACGGCCUGCAGUUCAUGAAUCGAGGCGUCAACUUUACGAUUUACUGCGUCCUGACUUGCAUGAUGCUUCACUUGGCAGCGAUUACAUGUCCAGAUCCUGUGCUAAACACACAGGCGAGAAUUUACUUCACCAGACACAUGCGGGUCCUGGAGCAUUGCAUACCCUCAGCUAACGCGGAAAUGCAAGCCCAGAUCAACGCUUUGCGUGAAGCAUUUAGUGCGGACAUCAGUCAGCCUUUCGAGCUGAAGGCUACGCUCGGCCUACGCAGUCCCACCAUGCAGAGCCAUCCUACACCC